AUGGCCAAGUUAAAGCAUACAACAAAUUUGAUCUUCAAUGGCAUCAAGCAAAAUCUUGAGAAAGCGGGCGGCCUAUGGGAUGAUGAGUUGGUCAAUUUGUUAUGGUCCAUUCAAACGACAACAAAGAGUAGUUCAACAGGGGAGACCCCAUUCUUUCAGGUCUACGGCGCCGAGGCCGUGCUCCUAAUUGAAAUGUAUGAUCCUACUCUACGAGUGAUGCUAUAUGAUGAAUCAGCUAAUUGGGAGGCCAUGAAGACUGCCCUAGACUUCCUUCCAGAAGCUAGGGGCAAUGCGGUGCUUAGACACGAAAUUUAUCGUCUAAGGAUGACAAGGGCAUAUAAUCGCAAAGUGUUAAAGCAGUCGCUUAAGAUUGGAGACUUGAUUCUAUGA